GCUCGAAGAUCACAACUCCUCAGCAGCCAGCUAAAACCAGCCCUACCACGAACAUACGCCACGAUGACCGACACGAGCAAGUACAAGUUCAACCAUACGAUGCUGCGGGUGAAAGACCCCAAGGCCAGCGUCAAAUUUUAUGAGCACUUGGGCAUGAAGCAGGUGAACAAGUUUGAGUUUCCAGACAACAAGUUCGAUCUUUACUUCAUGGCAUAUGACUCCCCGAAGUCUGUGUCGCACAAUAACCACUGGACUGAUCGUGAGGGCCUUAUUGAGAUGACCCAUAACUACGGAACCGAAAAUGACCCCAACUACAAGCCUUGCAACGGCAACAAGGAUCACGGCAAGGGAUUUGGACAUGUUUGUGUCAGUGUAGACAACAUCCAAGCGGCGUGCAAGAGAUUGGAAGACGCAGGAUACAAGUUUCAGAAGAGACUGAAAGACGGUCGCAUGCACCACAUCGCCUUCGCUCUCGAUCCAGAUGACUACUGGGUUGAGCUCAUUGCGCAAAAUGAUGUCGAGAAAUCCGAGAACAUGACCACCACGGAUACUGCAACAUACCGCAUGAACCACACGAUGAUUCGCGUCAAGGAUAAGGAUGCUUCACUCAAGUUCUACCAGGAGACGAUGGGAAUGACGUUCCUUCGAAGUUCCGAGAACAAAGACGCUAAGUUCAAUCUGUACUUCCUCGGCUAUGGAGAUGCACCAAAUGACGACAUAUCUGUAAAUGGUGUGAAUCCGGUGGCAGACCGCGAAGGAAUCCUCGAGCUGACUUGGAAUUAUGGCACUGAGAAGCAAGAGGGCAAGGUGUACCAUGACGGCAACAGCGACCCGCAAGGUUUUGGACACAUCUGCGUGUCUGUCGAUGAUCUGGACGAGGCCUGCAAGCGAUUUGAACAGCAAGGUGUGGCAUGGAAGAAGAGACUCACAGAUGGUCGCAUGAGGAACGUUGCAUUCAUACUCGACCCGGACGGAUACUGGAUAGAGGUCAUUCAGAACGAGAAGUUUAAGGCGGCACCGGAAAGCUACAACAAGUAAUGCAAGAUACCUGGCAACGAGGAGUACUCGCAUCAACGUCAGGUGCUUUGAGUGCUGAACACACAAAUGCGUAGCCCGCUGCUAUGUAUGCACUUUCACAGGGCACAGUUAGCGAAACAUCUUCAGCGCCGACAUUGAGCGCCUCUGCGCCAACCAUAAAACGUCCGGAGACGUUAUAUUCCCCGAUACUUCUACCCCGUUGAAGCGCAACCUUGAACGACGAGUCGCGCUUAGUAGUAAAGAUGAUGUGUCUAAAGUUCAUUAUACAGUAGUUCAUCGUUGAGGCGGAACUGUGUACAGUGCGAAUAAUGCUGCAACAUCAGACCCUCUCUAAAACCGAACACCAGCAAUUACCCCUUCGG